AUGUCAACUCACGACUUCUCGGCGCCUUCCUCUUUGCCCACUUGGCAGGCCAGUAAAGUUCGAUCUACUUUUAUCUCGUAUUUUGAACAGCAUGCCCACAAGCACAUACCGUCUUCCUCAACCAUACCAUUUGAGGAUCCAACCUUACUUUUUGCCAAUUCUGGUAUGAAUCAGUUUAAAAAUAUUUUUUUGGGAACUGUUGAUCCGAAUUCUGAGUUUGGGAAGUUGAAGAGGGCCGCAAACAGUCAAAAGUGUAUUCGAGCCGGAGGUAAACACAACGAUUUGGAAGACGUUGGCAAAGACGUGUACCAUCAUACGUUCUUUGAAAUGUUGGGUAAUUGGUCUUUCGGGGACUACUUUAAGAAAGAAGCUAUAGGGAUGGCGUGGGAAUUACUUACGAAAGUAUAUGGCAUUCCUAAAGAUCGCUUAUAUGUGACGUAUUUCGGGGGUGAUGAAAAGUUAGGAUUACAACCCGAUCUUGAGGCCAAGCAACUGUGGCUUGAUGCUGGUGUUGAUGAGGCUAGGUUAGUUCCUGGCAAUAGCAAAGAUAACUUCUGGGAAAUGGGUGAGACAGGUCCUUGUGGACCGUGUUCCGAGAUUCACUACGAUCGUAUUGGUUAUCGUAACGCUUCAUCGCUAGUAAACAAGGAUGAUCCUAAUGUCCUGGAAAUUUGGAAUCUCGUAUUCAUGCAGUUCAAUCGUGAAUCCGAUGGCUCGCUGCGACCGUUGCCCUCAAAACACAUCGACACAGGAAUGGGUCUUGAACGUGUAGUAUCUGUCCUCCAGAAUGUUAGUUCUAAUUAUGAUACGGAUAUAUUCCGACCAAUAUUUUCUCGUAUUCAAGAACUAACAAGUGUGAGACCGUACAGCGGGAAGGUUGGAUCGGAGGAUACAGAUGGUAUAGAUAUGGCGUAUAGAGUUGUUGCAGAUCAUGUGAGGACGUUGACAUUUGCUAUAUCAGAUGGUGGAGUACCAAGUAACGAAGGUAGAGGUUAUGUGUUGAGAAGAAUACUGAGACGAGGAGCAAGAUUCGCCAGGGAUAAGUUUAAGAGACCACUUGGAACCUUUUUUUCUAGCUUGGUUGACACGGUAGUUGAAGAAAUGGGAGAUGCGUUCCCAGAAAUCAGACUCAGUAUUGCUGAAGUUAAAGAAAUUCUUAAUGAAGAAGAAGAAUCUUUCUCUCGAACGCUGGAUCGUGGAACAACGCUAUUUAACCAAUAUCUUACGAAAGCCAAGAAUGCCAAUCUAACUAAACUUCCAGGAGCAGAUGUAUGGAGACUGUACGAUACAUAUGGGUUUCCAGUAGACCUCACUCGUCUCAUGGCUGAAGAAUGUGGGUUAGGGGUUGAUGAGGAAGAAUUUUUGAAAGAACAGGAAAAGGCUAGGGAAUUGAGUCGUGCUGCUAGAAGUUCUGGCGAAAACGGUGGGGAGAAUGUUGUACUGGACGUACAUGAUAUUGCGAAGAUUGAACGAAUGGAGAGCAUUCCUGCUACUGAUGAUCAGUACAAAUAUUUGACUGGUAACAUUUCGGCUAUAGUCAAAGCAUUAUAUCAUGGACAUUCUCUUUUUAAUUCGAGCGAUGAUAUAUCUAGUGGAAGACGUUUUGGCGUCAUUCUUGAUCGAACAAACUUCUAUGCCGAGGCUGGUGGACAGCAGUAUGAUACUGGGUCAAUUAUCAUUGAUGGACGGACUGAAUUUGUGGUUGAAGAUGUACAACAGUACGGGGCAUAUGUAUUACAUGUUGGCUAUUUAAAAUAUGGAAAUUUGAGUGCUGGAGAUGAAAUAAUCGCUACUUAUGAUGAAUUGCGCCGUUGGCCUAUACGAAAUAAUCAUACGGGAACCCAUAUACUUAACUUUGCGCUGAGGGAAGUCCUCGGACUAGGAGUAGAUCAAAAAGGGUCACUUGUUGCUCCCGAAAAAUUUCGAUUUGAUUUCUCUCACAAGAAACCAGUUACUGACAAAGAACUUGCGAAAGUAGAACAAAUCUCGAAUGAACUUAUAAAGAAAAAUUACAAAGUAUAUACUAAAGAUGUCCCACUUGCGGUAGCAAAAUCGAUUAACGGUCUUCGAGCUGUGUUUGGCGAAGUGUAUCCAGAUCCAGUUAGAGUUGUAUCAAUAGGAAUAGAUAUAGAGGAAAUGGUGAAGGAUGUGUCGAAUCCUAAGUGGAAAGAGAUCUCUGUUGAACUGUGCGGUGGAACACAUGUGGUGAAGACAACAGACAUUAAGCAGCUUGUUAUAAUCGAGGAGAAUGGUAUCGCAAAGGGAAUACGACGUAUUGUUGCUGUAACUGGCGAAGAUGCUUUACAGGCAGCUCGUCUUGCCGAUGAGAUCAAGGCAAAACUUGCUCACAUCCAGACACUUUCUGGUACCGAUCUUGACAACACCCUAAAAGAAUUUACAAGAGAACUUGAUGCAUCGACCAUAUCUGCAUUGGAAAAGGCAGAGUUACGAGAGGUUGUUGGAACUUUGCGAAAGAAGCUUGUUGAGGCUGAUAAGGCGCAAAAUGCCGCACAAACUAAAGAGGCCAUUGAUACGAUAGUUAAGUACUUCCAAGAAAAUCCGAACAGCCAAUACGUCGUAAAGCAACUGCCCCUCGGCUUGAAUACAAAGGCACUUGCAGGAGCGAUUACUUAUGCGAAGCAGAGUCUCCCUACAAAGGCUCUUUAUCUUUUUUCCGUAGAUCGAUCAUCUGGUAGAGUGAGCCACAAUAGUGUUGUGGGCAAAGACUUGGUUUCGCGCGGGUUGAGGGCAAGUGAGUGGGCGAAGGCAGUUACAGAUGUUAUCGGAGGAAAAUCCGGUGGCAAGGAAGUAUCUGCACAAGGCAGUGGAACUAGCAUAGAAAAAAUUGAUGAAGCUCUAAGAGUUGCUCAACAGUUUGCCGAGAUGAAAUUGAAUGAAAAAUAA